GCGGGAUUCAUAUCAUAGUAAUGUGGUGGUUUGUAAGCGCUGCAGCUUCACAAUAGUUCGCUGCUGUUCCAGGGAUUCUGCGAAUUCUAACGAGCCAUGGGCUAAUCGCCUGAUGAUUAUACCUUGCGUCCGUCGACCUGAGGUUCGUUUGACCUUCCAAAUAGUCAACCUUUCAAAUACCUACCUUCACGUUGGUCUCCGUCAGUUCUUUAGUUUGAUUGAGUAUUGCGCACGAGUGCUCCAAUCUGUUCAGUGUUUCCUGUCUUCGUCCUGAGAUCACAACAUUGCCAACAAGUCACCCGCCCUAAUGAAAGCGAUCAUCACACAUCGAUUCUUGCCUAAGCGUCUCCUGAGUCUCGCUCUUCGGAGUCCUCUUGGGCAGGGUGCGCAGGUCAAGGAUGUCCCAAUCCCAAGCAUCACCGAUGAUGAGGUCUUGGUCAAGGUACGCGCUGUCGCGCUGAACCCCAUCGACUUCAAAGACAUUGAUUUCAUUUCCCCACGCAACUCCGCCAUUGGCUGCGACUAUGCGGGCGAGGUGGCUCGGGUCGGCAAGAAUUCAGGACAACGUUGGAAGGUUGGAGACAGAAUCGCGGGCUUUGUCCACGGGGGCCUGUACCCCGAGGUUGGCUCAUUCGCCGAAUACCUGAAAGUCGAUGGAGACUUGGCCUGGAAGGUGCCUGACGAAACGACCCUGAGCGAAGCCACCACCUACGGAGUGCCCGCCGCCACCGCGAUGCUGGGCCUUUCGUAUCUAGGCAUUGACCGGGUCGAUAUCGAGAACGGACGCAGCGUUCAACAAGGUGACCAACCGACCAUUCUCAUCUAUUCAGGCGGCUCGAACGUCGGUCUCUUCGCCAUUCAAUUGGCCAAGAGAGCAGGAUACACGGUUGUGGUCACGGCCUCGCCACGUUCCUUCGACCUCGCAAAGCGCUAUGGUGCCGAUGCAGUCUACGACUAUCGGACAUCUGCCUCCAUUGGCGAGAUCAAGAAAGCCUAUCCGAACAUCACAAAAGCUCUGGACUGCUUUUCCGAAGGCACUUCCGCCGCCUUCUGUGCUGAUGUGUUUCGAGAGGAGGGUGGCAAAGUGAUCACACUUCUUGAUCAAGGAAAGCCGCGGAAGGCAAAUGUGACCUAUGAUUUCCUCAUGGUUUAUACUGCCUUCGGUCGCAAGUUCCAGUUGUUGGCGCCCCUUGGCCCCGUGUUCCCAGUGAGGCCGGCGGACCGCGAAGUCAUCGCCAAAUUUUAUGAUAACUUAUCCAGCCUGAAUCUGCAGUCUCCACCUAUUACGACGAUUAAGGGCGGAUUCAGCGAGAUAUUUGAAGGUCUAGACACGCUUCGCAAGGGAGAAGGUCGAGGUACAAAGCUUGUUGUUGAGUUUCAGUAAUUAAUAUAACCC